AUGAAGCCUUCACACCAAGCAAUGAAUGAUAGGCUGGAUAGUAGAAUCCCUAUUGUCUCUCUCUCUCUCUCUUUCUCUCUCUCUCUUUCUCUCUCUCUCUCUCUCUCUCUCUCUCUCUCUCUCUCUCUCUCUUCUUUCUUUCUUUGCCUCACAUUCUCUCUGUCUAUAUUUAUAUAUUUCCUUAUAUCUCUCCUUAUUUUACCCUGCUUUUCUCUAUCUUUCUCUUGCCCUCCCCCUCUCUCUUUCCUCCUUGGAAAAAAAUUAAAUUUUCCUUGCGUUGUUCGUUUUCAUCAUUUUCUUUCUUUCUUUCUUUCUUUCUUUCUUUCUUUCUUUCUUUCUUUUCUAAUUCAUUCUUUCUUUCUUUAUUCUUUCUUUCUUUAUUCUUUAUUUCUUUCUUUUGCUCUCCUCAACACAACCCACAACGCGUCACGAACAUAUUCGCUUAACACUCUGACUGACCGACUAAUUCUCUCGCACCUUACUCUUCAUUUAAAAUUGUUUUCUUCUCUCUCUCUCUCUCUCUCUCACUCUCUCUCUCUCUUUCUCUAUCUAUCUAUCUAUCUCUCUUACUGUUCAACAUUUUUCGAUAACUGCAAAUGUUCUAAAGUUUUCACUAUAUUUACACACAACAUUUAA